GGCCCCGCGCCUACCCCAUCACCGCGGCUGGCGCCGGGCCGGGAGGAUGCGCGGUGUGGGGCUCUGAAGCAUGGAGGGGGUUUUGUACAAGUGGACCAACUAUCUCACAGGUUGGCAGCCUCGUUGGUUUGUUUUAGAUAAUGGAAUCUUAUCCUACUAUGAUUCACAGGAUGAUGUUUGCAAAGGGAGCAAAGGAAGCAUAAAGAUGGCAGUUUGUGAAAUUAAAGUUCAUUCAGCAGACAACACAAGAAUGGAAUUAAUCAUUCCCGGAGAGCAGCAUUUCUACAUGAAGGCAGUGAAUGCAGCUGAAAGACAGAGGUGGCUGGUCGCUCUGGGGAGCUCCAAAGCAUGUUUGACUGACACAAGGACUAAAAAAGAAAAAGAAAUAAGUGAAACCAGUGAAUCGCUGAAAACCAAAAUGUCUGAACUUCGCCUCUACUGUGACCUCUUAAUGCAGCAAGUUCAUACGAUACAGGAAUUUGUUCACCAUGAUGAGAAUCAUUCAUCUCCUAGUGCAGAGAACAUGAAUGAAGCCUCUUCUCUGCUUAGUGCCACGUGUAACACGUUCAUCACAACGCUCGAGGAAUGUGUGAAGAUAGCGAAUGCCAAGUUUAAACCUGAGAUGUUUCAACUGCCCCAUCCGGAUCCCUUAGUUUCUCCUGUAUCACCUUCUCCUGUUCAAAUGAUGAAGCGUACUGUCAGCCACCCUGGUUCUUGCAGUUCAGAGAGGAGUAGCCACUCUAUAAAAGAACCAGUAUCUACACUUCACCGACUCUCCCAGCGACGCCGAAGAACCUACUCAGAUACAGAUUCUUGUAAUGAUAUUCCUCUUGAAGACCCAGAUAGACCUGUUCACUGUUCAAAAAAUACACUUAAUGGAGAUUUGGCAUCAGCAACCAUUCCUGAAGAAAGCAGACUUAUGGCCAAAAAAAAAUCUGAAUCGGAAGAUACUCUUCCAUCCCUCUCUUCCUGAAGAAACUGAAGUGUCCAACUUCCUCUAAGUAUUGCUAUGCAAAAGCUGCUGUAAUUAAACUAUUGUUAUAGGGAGUAGUUUUUUCCCUUAGGACUCUGCACUUUAUAGAAUAUUGUAAAACAGACAAGAAAACAAACCACAUACUUUUGAAGUGUAUUUUAUCUUUAUAUAGUUUGUUUGCAAGAGUAUUUUCCUAAUAACUCACAGUAUGAAUGUGCAUCGUUUUUUUUUUUUUUUUAAACAUGAUGGUGUAACAUUUUGACAUCCAUAAGGACAAAUGUAGAUAUUUUUCUAAAAAACUGUGAGAGGAAUGACAGCUUGGUCAGGGUGUAUUGUAGCUUAUAAACAUGAAAUCUUAUAAGGUUUCAGUUUGACAGAAGUGUGAUAUAUGUAACUUGUGCCAUGGACCAAAUGGUCACUUUACCACAGCUAAAAAUGAGUUACGAUAGCAGCUUGAUGGUGAUUGUAUUAUAUUCCUUUAAUCAAAAAGGAAACACAAUAUUUUAAGUAUCUUUAGCCCAAUUACCAUGACAUAUUGAGCAUCUUUAACCAGACUGUAUUGUCCUUCAUAUGUGAAGUUGACACUACUGAUUUGUCAUUCCAAAUGUUGGGUUAAAGUGUUUAAUUUUUAUUUAUUUUCUUGUUGCCUCAAAAGAUGAUUGCAUUCUAACUUUUGUGACCUACCAAAUUUAAGAUGUGUAUACGUUGUUCUUUACAUUGUUCUAGAAAAGAGAUUUUAAUGCUAUAGUGACUUUGCUCACUUACACCAGAGAAAUAAACAACUUUCAAUGGAAGAGGAUUUUAGUGCUUUUUUUUUUCCUAAAAUAGACAUUAAGCUGCUGUUGUAAAGUAUUGUUUGCAGCUCUUUCCAAUGUCUAGAGACAUUUUUAUUUAUGAAUAUUUAUACAAAAAGGAAUUCUGUCAAGAUGACUGCUCUAUAUCACUUGAGAAUGGCAUUAUUUAAUUAAAGAACAAAUAGCAUUUUUUGGUAGUGCCUGUCUAUACCUAUUGUCAUUGUUUGCCUUGUAAUCGGUUGUUUUGAAUUCACUUUGGGUUAAUAGUUUUUUUUAAGGUUUUGGUGAAGGAGCACUUUAAAACAAACUGGUGUGUUGUUUUUAAGUUAAUCAUAUGUUUAAUAAAUGUGUGGUUUUUGCAUUCAAACACAUCAUAUAAUACAUUGUAUUUUUUAUAUUCA